AUGGUGAGACCUCCCUGCCCCUCUAACUCAGAGUUGGUAACCUGUAAGCCCUUUCCUCCCGCCAACCAUUUUUUGAGUGCCACUGUCCGUCCAAACCAGCGACGCCGCGUUCUAUGGGGGAGGUGCCCCGUUGCCGCCUCUGAGGGCAUCUACAAUAUCGAGGGCGGCUGCUAUGCCAAGGCCAUUGGCCUCACCAGGGAGAAGGAGCCAGAGAUUUGGGACGCCAUUCGCUUUGGAGCACUGCUGGAGAACGUGGUCUUUGAUCAGCGCACGGGCACUGUGGACUAUGACGACUGCAGCAUUACGGAGAACACCCGCGUCUCGUAUCCCCUGGAGUACAUCCCCAACGCCAAGAUCCCGGCCGUGGGAGGGCACCCUGAGAACAUCAUCAUGCUCACGUGCGAUGCCUUUGGAGUGCUGCCGCCAGUGUCCAAGCUCACCUCCGAGCAGGCGAUGUACCACUUCAUCUCAGGCUACACUGCAAAGGUCGCUGGCACUGAGGAGGGCGUGUCGGAGCCCACUGCCACCUUCUCCGCAUGCUUCGGUGCGCCCUUCAUGGUGUGGCACCCGGCCAAGUAUGCCGAGCUCCUAGCGGACAAGAUGGCCAAGCACAACGUGCACGCCUGGCUCAUCAACACCGGGUGGACCGGCGGCGCCUACGGCUCCGGGCACCGCAUGAGCCUCGCGGACACCCGGGCCAUCAUCGACGCCAUCCACUCGGGGGAGUUGGCCAAGGCGGAGUACGUGAACUUCCCCAGGUUCAACUUGCAGGUGCCCAAGACCUGCCCCAACGUAGACUCCAACAUCUUGAUGCCCAGCCAGACCUGGGCUGACCAGUUCGCCUUUGAGGCUGCGGCGGAGAAGCUGUCGAAGCUCUUCAAGGACAACUUCAAGAAGUUCGAGGCAGGAUGCUCCGCAGAGGUCCGAGCUGCUGGCCCUCACUGAGUCGGCGGCGGUUUGCCAUGGGAGGCAGCA